UUGUUUCCUCUGCCUCUGAUUUAUGUUGGAAACCACAUAAGUGGAUUAUCAAGUACCGGCAAACUCAGUUUGCCGAUGUUUACAGUGCUCAGGAAGUUUACCAUUCCACUUACUUUACUGCUGGAAAUCAUCAUACUUGGGAAACGAUACCCACUGAGUAUUAUAGUCAGCGUAUUUGCCAUCAUUCUUGGGGCUUUCAUAGCAGCUGGGUCUGAUCUGUCUUUUAAUCUGGAGGGCUACACGUUUGUAUUGCUAAAUGAUAUCUUCACAGCAGCAAAUGGAGUUUACACAAAGCAGAAAAUUGAUCCAAAGGAGUUGGGAAAAUACGGUGUCCUUUUCUAUAAUGCUUGUUUCAUGGUGGUUCCAACAGUUAUUAUUAGCUUUUCUACUGGAGACUUUCAGCAGGCAACACAUUUCCAGCACUGGACAAAUUUUUUAUUUGUCUUUCAAUUUCUUCUUUCCUGCUUGUUGGGGUUUCUCUUGAUGUAUUCUACUGUCCUAUGCAGUCACUACAAUUCUGCGCUUACAACAACAGUAGUUGGUGCCAUCAAGAAUAUAUCCAUCGCUUACAUCGGAAUGUUGAUUGGUGGAGAUUACAUAUUCUCCAUGUUAAACUUUAUAGGGCUAAAUAUUUGUAUGGCAGGAGGACUGAGAUACUCGUUUUUAACCUUAAGAGGAAACAGCAAGCCUACGCAACCUGGGGAUGAAGAAGACGCACUUCCUGUGUCAAAGAGUUAG